AUGUUGCAAGAUACUGAGAUAGACUCUAAAGGGGAAGUCAUUCAGUGUGUCAUGUUGGUAGACUCUGAACCAGUAAGUACUGAAGAAACUCUCAAGAAGAAAGUGUGGUUGAAGGCCAUGAAAGAAGAAUUUGAGGUUAUAGAAAGAAACAAAACUUUAGAGUUGACUGAGCUUCCAAAGAAUAAGAAAUUCAUCAGUGUCAGAUGGGUUUACAAGGUGAAACUAAAGCGAGACGGAUCAAUUGGAAAAAACAAAAUAAGGUUAGUAGCUAGAGGAUUUCUACAAAAAUAUGGACUAGAUUACUUUGAGGUGUUUGCUUCUAUAUCUAGACAUGAAACAAUCAAACUUGUGAUUGCUAUAAUUGCUAAGAGAAAUUGA